UUGGGUUUUUUUUUUUUUUGGUCGAGUUGUAUAAAUAGCACUGCCUUGGGUUAGCAAGUUUGUUCUGUGAAAAAAAGAACAGAAAGGAUCAAGUUCUACAAGGAGCCCACCCAGCUGAGAACACUGCACAGACGUCUGCCUCAUCCACAAGCAACCAUGGGAGAAAAUAUUGAUGCACACCAGCUCAAGGAGAACCUGGUUCAGCUGAGAUGUCACUUCACAUGGGGGCUAGUGGUCGAAGACUCCGAAGUACCUGACUUAGAGAACAGAAUCUGGGAGGAGAUUGAGUUCCUAGACACCAAAUACAACGUGGGAAUACACAACCUCCUGGCCUACGUGAAACACUUGCAAGGCCAGGAUGAGGACGCCCUGCAGAGCUUGAAUAAAGCCGAGGACCUGAUCCACAGAGAGCAUGCUGACUUGUCAGACAUAGGCAGCCUGGUGACCUGGGGCAACUAUGCCUGGCUGUAUUACCACAUGGGCAGGCUAGAAGAAGCCCAGACUUACCUGGACAAGGUGGAGGACACUUGCCGGAAGUUUGCAAGCCAGUUUCGCUAUAGCAUGGAGUGUCCUGAGAUGGACUGUGCAGAAGGCUGGGCCUUGCUCAAGUGCGGAAGACAGAACUAUGUGCGGGCCAGGGCUUGCUUUGAAAAAGCUCUGCAAGUGGAGCCUAAAAACCCUGAGUUCAGCACUGGAUAUGCCAUCACUCUCUAUCGCCUGGAUUCUGAUCACAAUGAUGUUAUUUCUCUAAACCCCCUAAGGCAGGCAGUUAGGCUCAAUCCAGCAGAUACAUACAUUAAGGUCCUCCUUGCCCUGAAGCUCCAGGAUGUAAAACAAGAAGAUGAAGGAGAAAUGUACAUUAAAGAAGCUCUUGGCAGCACAACCUCCCUGAUGUACAUCCUUCGAUAUGCAGCCAAAUUUUACAGAAGGAAAGGCUGUGUGGAGAGAGCUCUUGAGCUCCUUCAAAGGGCCUUGCGGGAAACUCCUUCCUCUGCCUUCCUACACCAUCAGAUAGGGCUCUGCUACAGGGCACAAGUGUUCCAAAUAAAUGAAGCUACACAUAUGCAGCCUAUAGGGCAGGACAGAGAAAAGUUGGACAAUAUGGUCAGAUUAGCCAUAUUUCAUUUCAAGUCUGCUCUUGAACAAAGGCCCACAUUUGAUGUUGCUUUAUUACACCUGGCACAUAUGUAUGUUACAGCAAAAAAUUACAGAAAAGCUGAAGACACUUUUCAAAAAGUUUUAUUAAUAAAACCACAGGAGCAAAAAAUAGUACAAGAGGGGUAUUUUUACUAUGGUAGAUUUUUGGAAUUUCAGAAGAAAUCUGAAGUGGAUGCAAUCAGGCACUACUUAAAAGCAAUAGAAGUAAAAUUCGCAUCCCCUGCGAGAGAGAAAAGUAUUCGUUCUUUGGAGAAAUUGGCUUUAAGGAAACUUCAGAGAGAUGAGAGUGACCUGGAAGGUUUGAGUCUUCUUGGGUUAGUUAACAAAUUGAAAGGAGAAAUCCAUAAAGCACUAGAGUAGUAUGAGCGAGCUCAGAACCUGGCUGCUGCCUCUGACAAGGCUGUGAAACAUGGCCCUCAAAUGAUAUAACAUCAGCCAUUUCUAUAUUUCAGUUGCAUUUAUUUUAACAUGUACUAACUCCUCUGUUCUGCUUUUGGAUAGUUUCAGACGCAUGUAAUUCACUUAAUAUAAAUUGCUACACAACUCAACUCUGAUUUUAAAUAAUACUGAAUACACUCAUAAAAUAUAGAGAGAGAGUGAGUUGAAAGAAAGAAAGAGAAAUAAAGGUAGGAAGGAAGGAAGGAAGAAAGAAAAGCUGAGGGAGGGAGACAGUAUAAUUGCAUAAAGAUUACAUAGUAGAAAAAAGUUUGUUGAGUAGAUUUGUUGCACAUAAAACCAACACUAUCUUAUAUAGAGAAAAUUUUAAGUUAACACACUUUUUUAUCAAAAAAGUUUGCAGUAUUGGAUAUUCAAAACAUCAAGCUGACAUCUUUCAUAAAACUCCCAUAGCUUAGAAUCUAAUGAGA